AGAGUUCUCGAAAAUUUUCGAUUACGCUAAAGCUCUGUGUGCUUUGUGACUUUUUAUCUAGCCAUAAAUAGCGACCAGAGUUUUUUUUAGGUAUCCAUUAUUGGUCGAGAAAAUUCUCAAGGAGUGUGAUCCGAAAAGUGCAUUACACCAGGAAUUGGACACCGCCUUACAGCUUCUACGAGCGCUUGUUUCCGAAGUGAAUCGGGCCGUUACUGAGGAGGAGAACGUGUUUCUCCUUUGCUGGGCACAGUCUCAUGUUAAGUGCCCAUCUUCUCUAAAAAUAAAUUUCACUUCAAAUACGAGAUCAGUGGGUAAAAGGUCCUUUCUACAUUCCGGAGUGCUCUACAAACAACGUAGUGGCCGCCUUUUGGUUGGUCUUCUUUUCAAUGACUUUCUCAUGCUGACUGUUCCGGAUGAGCAUCUGCCUGAGCCAAACUCCUUCAAGAUCUCGAAAACUACGGAAACUCGCCUUACGCUCUAUAAGCAACCAAUUCCGCUAGCAGACCUCAAAAUCCUUCCGUCAAAUGAUGAUGUUAGCUUGAAUAUCCAAAGUGGUAAGUCUUCGCUUCUUAUCUGA